AUGAUAAUGAAGAACCAAACUAUUGUCUCUCAGUUUCUCCUCCUGGGCCUGCCCAUCCCCCCAGAGCACCAGCACCUGUUCUACACCCUGUUCCUGGCCUUUUACCUCACCACUGUCCUGGGGAACCUCAUCAUCAUCCUCCUCAUUCUACUGGACUCCCAUCUCCACACUCCCAUGUAUUUUUUUCUCAGCAACUUGUCCUUUUCUGACCUCUGCUUCUCCUCUGUCACAGUGCCCAAAUUGCUGCAGAACAUGCAGAGCCAAGACCCAUCCAUCCCCUAUGCAGGCUGCCUGACACAAAUGUACUUUUUAAUGGUUUUUGCAAACAUGGAGAACCUCCUUAUUCUGAUUAUGGCCUAUGACCGCUAUGUGGCCAUCUGCUUCCCCCUUCAUUACAUCAGCAUCAUGAGCCCCAAGCUCUGUGUGAGUCUUGUAGUGCUGACCUGGGUAUUUACUGUGCUUUAUUCCCUGUUGCACACUCUACUCAUGUCUAGAUUGUCAUUCUGUGAGGACAAUGUGAUCCCCCAGUUUUUCUGUGACAUAUCUGCUCUGCUCAAGUUGGCCUGCUCCGACACUUAUGUUAAUGAACUAAUGAUAGUUAUCUUUGGAGGGCUUGUAAUUGUCAUCCCUUUCUUACUUAUUGUUGUUUCCUAUGUACAAAUUAUCUGCUCCAUCCUAAAAGUUUCUUCUGCUCGGGUUAUCCACAAGGUCUUCUCCACCUGUGGCUCCCACCUGUCUGUGGUCUCACUGUUCUAUGGGACAGUUAUUGGUCUCUACCUAUGUCCAUCAGCUAAUAACUCCACUGUGAAGGAGACAGCCAUGGCCAUGAUGUACACAGUGGUGACUCCCAUGCUGAACCCCUUCAUCUACAGCCUGAGGAACAGAGAUAUGAAAGGGGCCCUGAUAAGAGUCCUUUGUAAGAAGAAAAUCUCCUUAUAG